UUUUUCGCAUGGCGUCAUUAUGUAGACUUAGUGUGUGUGAAAAAGUGUUAAGUGCAAGUAAACGAUUCAUUAUUAACAAACACGUUGUUUGCAGUUAUUAAAAGAAUAAAUAAUAGUUCAUCAAGUGGUGUUUAACUGAGUAAGUGCAAAAACAAUAAACUAAUAAUUCAGUGUUCUUGGGCGAUUGCAAAAUUGCAGUGAACCGAGUAAAGAUAUCUGGCACCAGGCUGGCAUCCCCAUCCCCAAGGCACUCUGUCCAGAACCACAGUCCCAAAGGCUCACCGGCAAUGACAGUCUCAAUAGGCCAAUCAUCGGGCGGUCCUCCACCGAGCCCUUCGCAUUCAUCGGGGUCCGAUACCGAUCUGCUGACGUCCGCCUCCACCGCCCUACGAAGGCUAAACUUCAAAGCGGCGCGUCACGCCCGCAAUAACAAACCCAAUGUGCCAAAGGUAGUCGUGAUGGGAAGUAGCACAACAUCAGAGGCUACAAUCAAUACGAGUACAGAUAGCGCCAGCACCCUCAUCACAAAUAUGACAGCAACAACGGACGGAGGUGACAGUCUUGAUCUAAUCGGUGGUCUUCCAAUGGACAACAACGCAUCAUCAACAACACCAUCAUCAACAACAUCCGUUGCUAGUACGACUGUUUACACUCAGAGUUGUGCAAACGGCAACGCGGUCAUAGGCAGCGGUUCGUUAGAAGAGCCAACUGAAACCUUGUUAGACUCGGCAAUACCGCCGACGCCCGCUACCGCAUUGCCCGCAGCGAUUCAUGCGAAGCCUCGAUCACCGCCGGCGAAAACAAGGUCACCGCCGGCGAUGCAAACCGCGCAAACACCCGCCACGCGCUUCCCGUUUGAUAUUAUUGUACCUCCGAAUGAACAACACACGCCGAGAGGAAUGGAGAUGAAAGAGAGAGAGAGUGUGAUAUUGUCAUAAACAUAGAGGUCCUGUGUCUAGCCGGAAAUAUAGAG